UAUCAUAGUAAAACAAUCCAAUGUAAUAAAACUUAAUCAGACCAUUCUUAAAUUCAACAAUUUUAUGUAAAUCGACAUUUGUUUUUUGACAUUACGCAUUUAACGGUUGAAAGAAGAAUUCAUAGAAAAAAUGACAUCACGAGAUGUUGAACCAAUUCUGGACAUUAAUGGUGAUGUUCGAGAAUCUGAACCAACGCUGGACACGUAUGAAUCAUCGACUAAUAUAAACGAAGAUAUUGAUAGCAUCGAAAUUGAUAGAUUUCAUUUGGCUCGAAUUCUAUUCUUCAUGAUUGGUUUGGUACAAUUGUUGCCAAUGAAUUUUCUAAUCACUGCUGAUGAUUUAUGGAAUUACAAAUUUAGAGAUGUAAAUUCAACAGAUACUCAUGAUAAGACAGAACUUCAGAAAUUUUUUGAUAGUUAUUUGAUCAUUGCCUGUAAUUCACCAUUUUUACUUGUUUAUCUUGUUAGUAUGACACAAUAUUUUCAUAGGAUUACCAUUGAUUUGAAAAUUCAUCUUGCUUUUAUAUUUACCAUCAUAACUUUUGUUGUAAUCACAAUUUUUGUCAAAAUCGAUACUGAUGGAUAUCAAAAUGCAUUUUUGAAAAUAUUAUUAAUUCUAGUAUUCAUUGUGAAUGCAGCUGCCAUUUUUAUUCAGGCAAUUUUCAUUGGUCUUGCUGCAUUGUUUCCUUUGAAAUAUGUACAAACAAUGGUUGCCGGUCAGGCAAUGUCCGGUUUAUUUGCCGCAUCCACCAAGAUAUUCUCAUUGUUGGGACAUCGUACAUUGGUGAACAAUGUUUUCAUAUUUUUUCUUCUGGCCAAUUUGGUUUUGAUAGCAACGUUUGCACUAUAUUUGUACAUACGAAAAAAGCCAUUCUAUUCAUCAUUUGUAUAUGCUUCAUCUAGCUUGGAAAACAAUGUUCCAAUGAAUUUGUCAUUAUUUGGACAAAUUUUCAAAAAUAUGUGGCCAUUCUGUUUAACGCUUACGUUUGUCUUUUGGGUUACAAUAUCCAUCUAUCCUAGCUUAUUCGUUCUAAUAACACCUGUUGAUCAUGAAACUGUUAUACCAGAAAAAUUUAUUCUACCGAUAACAUGUUUUCUUGUAUUUAAUUUGGGCGAUUUUCUUGGUCGAUAUAUGGGACAAUUUGUUCUGCUCACUAAAAAUCAUGGAUAUACCAUAAUGAUAAUUUCAUUAUUUCGUUUAUUGUUCAUUCCUAUUUUUCUCUAUUGUAAUGCUCAACCUAGACAUCAUUUAGUGUUUUUUACAUCCGAAACAUUUUUUAUUAUAUUCAAUUUUAUAUUCGCAUUACUUAAUGGUUAUCUUGUAUUGAAUGUAUUUGUUAAUGGGCCACAAUUAAUGCCUGAAGAAUAUCGUCAUAUGUCAGGAUAUUUUUUGAUUGCAUUUUUAGGUCUUGGACUUACAUUAGGUUCACUUACAUCACCAUUUGUUAUCGAUCUUUUAUAAUAAAUUUUAUAUUGUAGAACAUAUUAUUAGAUUAUUAUAAACAAUGAUUAUAACUUUAUAUAUAUAUUUUUUUAAUGUUAUUUAUUAGAAUAAACAUUAAAUCAAUUCUA